AAAAGUCCGAAGAGGUCGAAAAGUCCGAGGAAUGACGAAGAGUCCGAAGAGAGAGUAAAGUCCGCAAGUAUGUUCGAGGAACUCGAAAAAUCCAAGCAGAGGUGGCACUGCUGGCAGAUCGCAAAGAUGCGCUGACCAAGCGACCCCUGGACUUUGAUCGCGAGGAGGAGACGCGCAAGGGCGAGACCAUGAAAUGGCUGGAGUCGCACUUUGGCAGCGAGUCGACGGCGUCGAAUGAUUCACGCGACGAAGAGGCAACGCGGGACGUGGACGCGGAUGUAGAGCCCACGAAGAAGAGCUACUUCAAUGUGACGAUCAAGUCGCAGAGUCAACUGCCAGUGGGCGGUCACAAUGCAACUGUGCCGCUCACCCACACUUUGCCACGCAGCACCGAAUGGGAACGGGAGCGAGAGCGCGAAAUGGAACGCGAUCGGGAGCGGGAGAGGGAACGCGAUAGAGAGCCAGAACGCGAAAGGGAACGCUUGCCCAGUACACUCGAUCGGAAGUAUCUAAAGGAUCCCGGGUUGGCGGGACGAGGCGGAAAGUUCUAUCAGGGCAUCUCGAACUGGGCGGAACGUCAGGAACCCCCCUUGAAUGUCAAUCACUUUUCGUCGCAGGCAUUUCGUGAGGAUUUCCAGGAGACCAUUCGACGCAACGGGCUGAAGAAGAAGCUGAGUGGAGGAGCUCCGCCCGAUGGCAGCCACAGCAAACGAAAGCUAUGUGCAGCUGCAGCAUGGCUUAAAGGUUGUGGGACCGUCCACAACGGGAGCACAGUUGGAACCACCGCCGGAUUAUUUGCCGCCACCGCGCAGUCGCAGUCGGAGCUCCUCAGCACAGGUUGAUUAUGUGGUAAAUCG